AUGUCUUCUGUCCUGCAGCAAAACAAAAGAAUAUUCCAUUUUCGUUUUCGCCACAAUCACAAAAAUGCGAAAAGCUUGCCAUCAAUUUCUUCAUUGAUCCAUCUCAUCGUAACCCCAACAUUAUCCAUAAAUGACAACUCUAUGAAUAAUGGCCAACAUAAUAGCUCGACGUUUGACUCGACAUUCAACGUAAGCUCUGUCAACUGGUCUGCACACUUAAACUCAGCGUCACAUUUGAAGAUCCAAAUUAAUGACUAUGACACUUAUCAAGCAUGCCCGACAAAGUUGGAUCAGUUAUACACCCAAGUAUCUCAAGUUCCAAUCAUACGAGUUUAUGGAUCACUAUCUUUUGAGGAGAAAGUUUUUUCAAGCAACCUGUCUACCAUGAACAAGAAACAGAAACUCAUAGUCAAUCAGCAGACGCAUCCUCGAACAUUAGUAUUCAAUGUCGUUUUACAUAUUCACAACUUUUAUCCUUACUUUUAUGUGGACUGUCAUGAGCAAGACUACCAAAAGCUACAAAGUCGCCAAUAUUUGGAAAAAUUAAUCAACCACUUGGAAGUCGUUGUGAAGGAGUCAUUCAAACGAAGGCGUGGAAGAAAAGGUACCGAGGAGCAAGAAUUGGAAAAUGCAAUGGAGGAAGAACAGGAAGAUAAAGAUGAUGAAAAAGACAUCGACGGUAAUGAGAAACCGAAUCUACGCAAAUAUAUUGCCAAUGUAUCAGUUUGCAAAGCAGUCCCUAUAUACGGCUUUCAAAUUGGAUAUAAAUUAUUCUACAAAAUAUCCCUUCUUUCACCAUUAUAUAAGAACCGUUUAGCACGAAUGUUUCAGGAAAACAAAAUCAACUUGCAUCAUUUUGACCAACCUAAUGAAACCAAAAAGAAUGCGACCCCGACUUAUGUUUACGAAGCUCAUCUUCCAUACUUGUUGCAAUUUUUGACCGACUUUAAUUUGUUUGGGUGUGGUUGGUUGGUCAUUGAUCGUGACCAUGUCAAUAAUGGACCUCGAACAAAGGGUUUGUAUUUUCGUACGCCGAUAUUCAGCAAACUUCAACAUGGUAGAUAUAGUCACUCACAAAUGCGUGCGUUGUCAAGUUACUUGCAACUGUUUAUUUUGCCAGAUAAUGUUCUCGUUGAUGGUGGGACUUUAAAAACGUUUAAACGAAUUGGAAAAUCAGUAUUAGAGUUGGAUAUAACAACUAGCAGUAUUGUCAAUCGUACUUGGCAAUCGGCAAGAGAAUUGCACAACAGUUUUGUUGAACGAAAGCAAUUUGAAGAAUAUAAAUCUGAUUUAUCUUUAUACGGGUAUCCCAAACAUGGGUAUAAGCAUGAGCAGGACGGAACCCCAAAAAUAUAUCUUUCUUCAUUGAAAUACAUUUAUAACGACUUGAAAUAUCAAUGCCAUUUGAGGAAUUCCACAUUUGAUGUGUCUGUGGAUGUGUUGGAAUCCUCUGAACGCUGCUAUUUUGGGACUGGAUCUUCCAUCUGGUCCAACCAACAACAAUUGAAGGAGCUCUUGGAAUACAUGAAACAGUUGAAUGGUAAAUCAAGCGAAGGAUUCGAUGGUUAUGCUGCCAAGAUUCUAAACAAGGGGCGUAUACUCAACAACUUUCCAACGUCGUUCGAUUUGGUUGAUGUUGAAAAGAGUUUACUGUUUCACAACCUGCGAAUGCAAUUUGGUAGGGAUAUACUAAUAUGGGGAGAAUUUAAAGGCUUAUUCAAGAUAGAUGUUCCAUUGUUUGACAGGAAUUCGAAGAGUGGAUCGUCUAUGCCUGGUGAAGUUUUAGAUGGAGAGAAUCAAAGGGAAGUAGUACAGAAUGCUAUGGAUGACCUGGACACUGAUGAGAAUUUCUCUGGCUCUGAUGGUGAUCUGACGGAUGGUAACAAUGAAGUAAACGAUAAGGAUAAUUCAAUAGAAAAGGCCCCUCAUGAACUAGGUGCCUCCACAAACCCGUCUUUCUUGAGAAGCGCUAACAAUGGUGACCACAAUGAGUCAUUGGAAUUGAAGGAUGAAGUUGAUGAGGUUGAGGGUUUUGAUUCAGCUGAGGAGUUUGAUGUAUCAAUCAUGAAAUCAAUGACUCAAACUCGAGCUAAGAAUAACCCAAAUUUGGCUACAAAAUUGCCCAGUCUUGACGAAAUCUCCUCAAUUGAAGAUUUUUCAUUCACACCUACUCCAAGCCAAUCUAAUGCGGCCCCUCCUUUGAAAAACAUGCAAGUUGGAGGAUGUGAGUUUGAAGUGAUUAUACCCAAUCAAUUGAGGAAGGAAAAUUGUAAAAAGGUUUUCCAAGAUAGAGGGCUAAUGGAGAUAAACUAUGCUGAUCCUUUUUACAACACCAUUGAUGAUGUCCCUGAAAAACCUUUUGUGUUUGCCAAUCAGAAAAUGAAUGUUGCUGUGAGAAAUUUUCUGACAAUUCCCAGUUUGGAUUUAGUGCAUGUAGAUGUACCUGAAGGUAGAAAAAUUCUUAAUGGGAAUAAGGUUUGUACUUGGGAGUAUAUGCCAGAGCCUCCCAGCAAAAAAAGGGUCAUUGACUGGCUCAAGACUGAAGAGAAUACGGUAGUCAAGAAACGGCUAAAAUACAGAUCUCAAAUUGAACCAGGUGUAACUCAAUCUCAUGACUUCAAAUUCAGUUACAACUCUGAAAAGGUGUCACGCAAGCCAGAUGAAUUCAAUUACUUGAGCAGUUUUCAUUUGGAAAUUCAUGCAAGCCCACCGAAUUCGAAAUUGGCGGUUGACCCCUUACGAGAUCCAAUAUUGUUUAUAUUUUAUUCGUUUGAUGAUGCGAAUGAAAUGUUUGACAUGUCUAAAUGCAAAUCUGGAGUCCUUGUCUUCAACAAUAACAAUUACAAUAAUGACUUUUUUAGUAGAUUAAGCAAGUCUCUGGGGCUAUACAUUGUAUUGUUUGAUGAAGAAAGAAAAAUGGUCGAAAAAUUAGUAGAAUUGGUUGAGAUGUACGAUCCAGAUAUUUUAUCAGGAUAUGAAGUCAAUUCAAUGUCCUGGGGCUACAUUGUUGAAAGAUUCCGUGAAGUUUAUCAAGUUAAUAUCAUGAGUGAACUAAGCAGGGGAACCCAUAGAAGUAACGGAAAACUUGGUGAUCGAUGGGGUUACACUCAUACAGCCAGCAUCGAGAUUAACGGAAGACACAUUUUGAAUGUUUGGAGAAUCUUGAAAUCAGAAUUAGCUUUGACAAGUUAUACAUUAGAGAAUGUGUGUUAUCAUUUACUACAUAGGUCACUACCUCGGUACCUGCUUCACCAAAUAUCCCAAUGGCUACAGAGUGGGAAAUUCAAGGACAUACAAGUCGCAUUUUUAUAUUACAUGAGACGAAUAGAGUUGACAUUAAAAAUUAUAUCAGUACGGGAGUUGAUUACAAGGAACGUUGAACAUUCAAGAUUGAUUGGAAUUGAAUUCAAUUCCAACUUUUACCGUGGAUCACAAUAUAAGGUAGAAUCCAUAUUAUCGAGAAUAUCCAAAACCGAAAGCAUUUUGCUAAACUCGCCAUCCAAAAUGCAGGUGCACGAAAUGAGGCCAAUCGAGUGCAUCCCUUUGAUAUUGGAACCAAAAGCCAAUUUUUAUAAAUCGCCGUUGGUGGUUUUGGAUUUUCAAUCCUUGUAUCCAUCCAUUAUGAUUGCCUAUAACUAUUGUUAUUCAACUUUAAUUGGAAAGCUUCACAAUUUCAAACCAAAGAAAAACAAUAUUGGCUAUUUAAAGAAUCAUAACUUGCCACCAGGUUUAGUAGAUCUAUUGACCACAGACGAUGCCGUAAAUGUUUCACCAAAUGGGUUUGCUUUUGUCAAGAGUCAUGUGCGAAAAUCCAUUUUAGCCAAAAUGUUGGAAGAGAUCCUAAACAUCCGUAUAAAAACAAAGUCUGUUAUGAAGUUAUUCAAAGAUGAUACCGAGCUAACAAAACUAUACAAUGCAAGACAAAUUGCUUUGAAAUUGAUUGCCAAUGUGACUUAUGGGUACGCUUCAGCAACUUUUAGUGGGAGAAUGCCAAACUCAGAUAUUGCUGAUGCAAUUGUCUCCACCGGGCGAGAGAUUCUAGACAAGUCAAUAGAGAUGAUCGAGUCUGGUGAUUACGGUGCAAAGGUUGUUUAUGGUGAUACUGAUUCCUUGUUUGUGUAUUUCCCCGGUAAAUCAAAAGCUGAAGCAUUUAAACUGGGCCGAGAAAUUGCGAAAAUGGUUACCAACCAUUUCCCCGAUCCUAUUCAACUCAAGUUUGAAAAAGCGUACCAUCCAUGUGUUUUGCUUGCAAAGAAAAGGUAUGUGGGUUAUUCUUUUGAAUAUGAAAAUCAAGUGAUGCCGAAGUUCGACGCUAAAGGUAUUGAGACUGUUCGUAGAGAUGGUAUACCUGCACAGCAAAAGAUGACAGAAAAAGCGUUGAGAAUAUUAUUUGAGACCAAGGACUUGUCGAAAGUGAAGCAGUACACGUUGAAACAAUUUUUGAAAAUAUUCAAUAAUAAAAUUGCCAUCAAUGAUUUCUGCUUUGCCAAGGAAGUGAGAUAUGGAAACUAUAAGGACGAAAGGUACUUGCCACCGGGAGCAUUACUAGCAAGUAAGGCAGUUGAAGAUGAUCCUAGAAAGGAGCCACAGUACAAGGAAAGAGUCCCAUAUGUUGUUACUCGUGACUCGACAAAAGUCAGGAUCAAAGAUCGAGUAAUGUUUCCUGAGGACUUCAUAAAGACGUUUAGUACUGCCGAGCCGUUGACAUUGGACUAUGAAUAUUACAUAACCAGAGUAUUAAUCCCUCCAUUGGAGAGAAUUUUUAAUUUGAUGGGAGCUGAUGUGAGGGGGUGGUACAAGGAAUUACCUAAAUUUACCAGAUCCAACAUAAUCAGCGUAUUUAGCGAUUCGUGUUUGAUAUGUGGCAGCAGGUUAGAUGGAAGGGAAUACGUUUGUCUGAAAUGCUCCCAAGACGAACGACAAUUGGUAACAAAUGUAACCAUGACUUGUAAGAACAAACAAGAGAAAGUUGUGGAAAUUGAAAAUACGUGUCGCAAUUGUCUGCAGAAUGUGUUUGCUUCUGGAGUUAAUGUCUCACAAUAUACUCACGAUUGUAUCAAUCGUGAUUGUUCGGUGUACUAUAGCAAGGUCAAAGUAGGGCAAGAAGCAAAACAAUUGUUCACCAGGCGGGACAAAAUAAUGCAGACUUUGGAAUGGUGA